AUGUAUGACUCUUUGUGCCUGUUUGAAUAUGUCAGCGACAUGAUUGAGAAAUCUACAAACAAGGCCGAGAUGAUCAAGGUGUUUCAAGAAUAUGGAAUUGUGAACCAACUCAACACUAUUUAUUCACGUAGAGAUAUAGAUCUGUAUGAUUAUGAUGGUUUUGUAAACCUACUCAAAACAUUUAUUGAUUUUGCCGACAAUCAUCCCGACAGUUCAAUACGUACCGAGUUGGAACAAGGCGGGAUAUUUGAAAAUCUAACGGCUAUUGUACAAUCGGAUGAUACUGACUACAUAAAAAGAAGGGCUGCUGGCCAGAUCAUUGAAACGUGUUUCCAGCAUCUGGUCCAGACUGCUAGUUCGAGCAUUCAGCCAUACGAUGAACAUGCUAAAAGUAAUAUGAAAUCUGGAAUGGCCGGAUAUCCAUAUGAACAGCUUGUUUGUAAUGGCAGUGAUGGAUUUGGCACAAUUGUCCCAGGACCUGUUGAACUGACGUAUAUACUGGACAAUGGCAUACCUGACAAUGUACAUACGCGAUUGAUGACAAAUGUAUCGGAUAUUGAACAUGGAUCAAAUCACAACACUGGUCAAAUGGUGCACAAUCUGAUUGAUGCAUCAAUGUACAGUGUUGUAUAUGGACAAACGAUGAUUGCACCACUGAGUAUACGACUCAAAUACACCACAAUGGUACCAUGCGAUAUACUGUUAUCGACUCAACUUGUUUCAAAUGUGCCCAUCAUUGAAGGUGAUUCCGAGUUUAUAUCAUGCAAGUCUCAAUGUCUUCCGAGUGAAUUCCGUGUCGAACAGGAUGGCAGUGUGGCCAUCAACUCAUACAUCAACAAUCUGAAUCCGAUAUGGCAUCGAGACAUGUACAAAUGCAUUGCCAAAAUAUUCAAAUGUUUUGUCCCAAUGUUUGAAAGUCUGUUCAGAACGAUGGAUCCAGUGUUCAAGUAUAUUGAUAUUUGCAAUGGCACAGAUGGAUAUGAGCCACCAAGUCAGUCAGAUCGUGGUGGUAUGGAGUCAGACACUCAAGUCAUUCGUCCCGUGUAUGUACCAAUACUUCCGAAACAUUUCAAAUCCAAAUAUGAAUCAGCAAAGCCAGUGUCACUGCGUGGUCGUAAUCUACAAGUCAUUGUCAAACUCACCAACAUUCAACUGACACCAUCCAAACCUAAAUACAACGAGGGAAACUGGCACAAUGAAGGUUCAGCUAACGAAUCGAUUGUUGCAACUGGACUGUAUUACUAUGACGUGGAAAAUAUCACCACACCCAAACUCGAUUACCGCGAGGCUGUUUAUUGUUUUGAUUAUCAAGGAGCAUCUGAUAUGUAUUGGAAAGAUGUGUGUGACAUUGAUCAAGAAUCACCACGCAAUCAGUAUAUAGGAUCGCUUGAAUUACCAAAUGGUCGUCUUGACAAGACACACAUACCUCCUGAACUGUGGAAUGAUAUCACGCAGUAUAUUCAAGGUGUUCAAUCACCAGCUGAAGCCAAACACUAUCGAGAUGAAUUGACAAACGACCGAAUUCAAAUCAUAACGGCAUACAACAAGGACAUAUAUGAGCGGGUAUAUAAUCUUGAUCGUUGGCGGUGA